GCACACAAAAUAUUGUGUUUUUGUAUCCUCUAUUUUUUUCAAGGAUGAAACUUUGGACCUGAAUGUUUCAGUACAACCAGAUCAGUCUGAGGUCACCAAGUCACCGGAAGUGAAAUAUGAGGACAGAAUUACACCACAAGGCCCACACAAACACGAGGACAGAAUUGCACCACAAGAUCCACACAAAUACGAGGACAGAAUUGCACCACAGGUUGCACACCGAUACGAAAAAAGGAUUUCAGCACAAGAUUCACAUCAGAACGAGUGCAACAUUUCACAGCAGGUUGAACACAAAUACAAGAAAAGGAUUUCACCGCAAGGUCCACACAAAUACGAGUACAAACUUCCACAGCUGGUUGCACGCAAAUAUGAAGACACAAUUUCACCGCAAGUAGACAAACACGAGAAUGAUGACAACAAACCAACACAAGAGGAAACACCAAUGCUACCUGAUAGUGAUGAUGAUGAGGACAAUCUACCUCAUUGGGCUGAGGGGUGGAAGGUGCCUCGCAGCGACCUCGUCGUUGAUGAGCAAGUCCUCGGCAGUGGGAGCUUCGGUGAGGUACGAUCAGGAGUUGUGAUGAAAAAUGGAGAACUGACAAGGGCUGCCAUCAAGAUGCUCAAAGGCCAUGCAUCGACGAGUGAAAGAGAUGAUUUCAUGGAUGAACUCCACACAAUGACCUCCAUCGGCCAUCAUCCUAAUGUUGUCUCGCUGCUGGGGGCAUGUCGGUAUCGAGAGGUGCUGUACGUAGCGUUGGAGUAUCUUCCCCUCGGUGAUCUGCGCAGCUACCUGCGGACGGCUCGCUCACAGUCAGACUCAGACGAGGGUGCCUUGUCUUCCGAUCAGCUGGUCAAGUUUGCUCUGGAUGUUGCCAAGGGAAUGGAACAUCUUUCUAAAGUGGGGGUGAUCCACCGAGAUUUGGCUGCCAGGAACAUCCUACUAUCUGAAGGGCGAACUGCUAAGGUUUCAGACUUUGGACUGUCCAGAGGGGAGGAUAUCUACGUCCAAACAUCAAAGAGACGAGUUCCAGUCCGCUGGUUGGCUAUUGAGUCAAUCAGGUAUAAGAGGUACACGACAAAGAGUGAUGUGUGGUCUUUUGGCAUUCUCUUGUGGGAAAUAGUCACAGUUGGGGGAACCCCCUACCCGACCACCAAGUGCGAGUCACUAGCCAGGAAGCUGAAGGGAGGAUACCGAAUGCCCAAGCCCAGCAACUGUGACGACAAAAGUUACGUCCUGAUGCGUAAGUGCUGGGAAGAGGAUCCGAACAACAGACCAAGUUUCUCUGAACUAGUCUCUACCCUAAGUAACACAGAUGACAGUAAAAUUCAACAUACCUAUUUUUCGUUUGGCCGAGUACAUUACGAGAAUUUGAGUGCCAUCCGGCCCGAAUUUGAUGACAACUGAGCAAUAUACAUCAGCGUUUUUUCAACUGCGUCAACCGUUUGCCCGUGGCCCCAUGUUGUGUGUACAAACAGACGAGUAAUAUGCAAUAAUGGAGUGUUGUUAUGUAAGCGAUAACCGUAUUACAGCGUGUGCAAUUAAAAUAAUCGGUAUAAUGCAUGGUAUUUUAAAUAAGCACAUCAUACCCGGUCUUACCACGGGGCAUUUUACUGUAUUAUUAUAAACG